AUGGCUCUCAAAAGUAGUAGGAAUAAAAGUGGCAAAGGAGGAAACGGGCACGCAAAGAAGACCAAGAAGGUUAUCGUGAAGAAAGCUGCACCGAAUACUCAAGUCUCUAAGAAGGUUGUAGACAAGAAGAAUGUGUCGUUCUCCGCAACUCUUGAGGAAAGCCGGCUCAUCGAAGAUGUCGACACGUCGUCGUCGAUUGGGCCCAGUUCAACAACAAAACGAGUUAAGGGAAUCCUGAAAGGAAAGGAAAAGGUGGACCAGGUUGAAGUAGUUCCUGAGAAUGAGGAGGCUUCUCAGAAGCCUCUGAAAGGAAAGAAAAGGUCGAUUAUUGUCAAGAAGUCGGUCAAGGAACACCUCAAGACGUUGACUAAGAAGGAACGGCGGCAGUUUAUCAGAACGCUCAGGGCUAAGACGAAGCCAAACUUUGGAAUUGCUAUGGAAGCCAAGAAAAUAUGGGAAAAACUGAGAAGGUGAGAGCAUCAAUUUAUUAAUUAUCCCGGUUAUUUAGUUCUAAAACGCCUAAGGCGGAGAAGGAGAAAUUAACCCAGCAACUCUAUGAAUUGGUAAAAGGAAAGACUAAAGAUAUUAUUCAUGCCCAUGACACGUCCCGUGUCAUUCAAUGUCUUCUUGCCACUGGAAAUGAAGAAGUUAGGGACAAAUUGUUUGAAGAGCUCACGCCUGAGAUUGUUCGAAUGGCAAAGUCGCCUUACGCCAGAUUCUUCCUGGUCAAAAUGUUAAAAUAUGGGUAAGUAAAUUCAAAAAUUUAUUGGUGUAAUUUUAGAAACCGCCAACAAAAAAUAGAUAUCCUGAAUGCAUUCCGUGGUCACUGUGUCAAUCUCCUUAGGAAUAAAUGGUCUGCAAACAUUUUAGAAACAGUGUACAACGACUUGGCGACUGCAGAUCAAAGGAAUAACAUUGUUCGAGAGUUCUAUGGAAACGAGUUUGUGAUCUUCAAGGUAAGUUGGAAUUUUGCUAAAUUACCCUGUUUUUAGGACGAGAACAACUACAGGACCAUCGAAGAGGUUGCGAAAGAAGCACCGUCAAAGAUACCUGGUGUUGUAAAAAAUCUAGAAGAUUUACUGAAUGAUGUCAUUGAAAAGUAAGAUUGGUCUAAUGGUAUGCAACUUAUUUUAUAGGGGUCAAUUGAAACUUUCACUUGUUCACAAAUUGUUAUGGGAUUAUCUCCAAUAUUGCCCAAAGCAACAAAAGUUGGAAAUGGUGCAGACGAUUAAGGAAUUCCUCCCAGAGAUCUGUCAUACAAGAGAAGGUGCCUUUAUUGCAAUGGACUGUAUUUGGGAAGGAGAUGUCAAGACCAGGAAGGCUAUUGUAAAGUCCUUUAAGGGAUUGUCAGUUAAAGCAGCCCUCGAUAAAUACUCCAGGAGGGUCCUUUACGCCAUAUUUGAUUCUGUUGACGACACUGUGCUGGUAAACAAAAUCAUUGUCAAAGAAAUCGCCGAUGAGAUCGCAGACGUAAUCUACAAUGCGGAGGGAGUACAAGUCUUGCAUUAUCUGGUGCAUCCGAGAGAUGGACGGGUCCUUGGUAAGGGUAUGGUUGAAAUCCUGAAGAAGGGGGAUGCAAAUGAAUUUACCAAGAAACCCGCUGCGGAUCGGUAUAAAGAAUUGUUCAGUGGAAUCAAGGAGUCCCUUUAUUCAUUCCUUGCGGCCAAUAUGAAGGAGUGUUUAUACAACAAGGUCUCAGCUGUCCUAGUCUUGGACGCACUAGAACCAACUCGUAAGUUCGGUUGUAGAUGGCCUCUUUUUAAGGGAUUGUUUAAUUUUUAUGCGUUUAGAUGAGACCGAAUUGAUGACUCGUCAAAUUGAGGAAGCUUAUUUGAAGCCAUGCUUUGAUGCCAUUGCCAAAAUCGCAGGAGAAGAAUUCAUCCCAAAUGACAUCACGGAAUCCGAACAGAAGCAUAUCAUUCAAGGAGGAGCCGCCAGAUUUGUACUGACCAAAUUAUUGAAGGCGGAUGUUAAACAACCUGUUGUGAAGUUGAGUGAUUCUCUCUGUCAACUGCCGGCGGAACAACUCAGACUGUUUACCGCCUUGAACAGCGGAUGUUUCGACUUGUAUCACAUGUGUUUGGCUAGCGAAGCGGCCCAAAAAACGAUCAAAAAGGCAGUUAGCAUCCAGACUCUCAAGUCCAAGGGAUCCUUUCUGGGAGCCAAAUUGCUACACGAAAAGCUGACUGGCAAGAAGUUUGAUUCAACGUGA